AUGGAACUCAAUAAGGCUGGGAAUGGAGAGUGUCUUAAAGUUUUGAAGGAAAUGGCGAACGAUAUUGGGCCAGUUAAGGUGGCCUCUUUUGUUCCAGUAGCUUCUGUUAGGGCUAAUUUGCAUUUGGAUUAUGCGAGGGACGUCGCUCAGGGAGAUAAAGAUGAUUUGACUCAACAGCUGUCUGAGGAGACUUCGUCUACAAUUGCAGUGAUCAUGGAGGGGAAGGGGAAGAUUGAUGGUGGGAUAUUAGAAGAAAUGGGAAUGUUUGAAAAAAGGGGUAAUUUUCGUGAAGACUUCGACACAGGCUAUCACGAUAUAGAUGGAGAUUUUCAGGCAAAGAUGGCUUUAGAUGAUGAGGCAAGGCUAAUGGCGUACGACGACUGUGGUAAUUCUGGAAGUGGUUCUGAGAAUUUGCUUCGUUGUUGUGAUAUUGGCAGUCAUGACAUUGUUCCUAUUGACGACGUGUAUGGUGAUGUGGCCAAUCUACUCGGUGUGGGGGAAAUGAAUGGGAGGAUGAAAAAUUCACUGGAAUACCGACGUUGUGAUAACCAGGGUUAUGUUGAGUUCUGGAGGAGACAUGCAGGGGGACAGAUUGGAGUCGGGGAAGGAUGA